AUGUUUCUCCAGCAUACUCAAGGAAAGUCUCUUCAUCUCAGCAUUACCGCAGCGUGUGGUGCUGGAUUUCUACUAUUCGGUUACGAUCAAGGUGUUUUCGGCGGUCUCCUGGAUAACGAUCAUUUUUUACGAACGUUUGGGUACCCCAGCACUACUAUUCAAGGCCAAAUUGUGGCCACCUAUGACAUUGGUUGCAUCAUAGGCACCCUGGUGUCUAUGUUCUUCGGAGACAAACUAGGACGAAGACGAUGCAUCCUGACGGGCUGUUGCAUUUUAAUAGUCGGUGCCAUCUUGCAGACAGCCGCAUACUCCAUGGCUCCGAUGAUCGUUGGCCGUGUGGUGGCCGGGAUAGGCAAUGGCAUGAACACCAUCGCGUGUCCAGUUCUGCAGUCAGAGACUGCGAGAGCGAACGAUCGCGGAAAGCUUAUUGUCUUGCAGUUAGUAUUGAAUAUCUUCGGGAUUGUGAUCAGUAAUUGGAUGAACUUUGGUUUCACUUACGUCCCCAACUCCUCUGUCAGUUGGCGAUUUCCUCUAGCCUUUCAAUGCUUCUUUGCGCUCGUUACUCUCUCACUCGUUGCUGUCGCUCCCGAAUCGCCCCGUUGGCUGGUUAUGAAGCAUCGCGCCAACGAGGCUCAGAACAUUCUGUCUCGACUACUAGGCAAACCGUACGACGACCCCAUGGUGGUCGAGGAAAUACAGCGGCUAGUGACUAUGGUUCACCAUGAAACAGAAUUACAGCAGCAAAGUCUGCUGAAGGAGAUAUUUUCUCGGAAUAGCAAGCAACAAACUCUACGCCGGAUGCUCCUUGGGGGUGGCACUGCUUUCUUCCAGCAGGUUGGAGGCACGAAUGUAAUUGCAUAUUAUCUCCCUAUCGUCUUAACGCGGUCCGUUGGCCUAAGUACCCGCCUCGCGCUGAUCCUGUCGGCCUGUGACUCCAUGUCCUUGAUGUUCUGGGGCGCUGUCGCCGUCCUUCUCAUCGACCGCAUGGGUAGGAAGAAAUUAUUGUUAAUGGGGGUCACGGCCAGCAGCAUCUGCUUCGCACUCGUUGCGGUCGGGUUAAGAUACGGUGGACCUGACAACACGUCUAUGUCCGUUCUGGCGGUAGUGUUUAUCUUCAUGUAUUAUGUCUUCUACGGCAUGUCCCUGCUGUCCAUUCCGUUCAUGUAUCCGGCGGAAAUCAACUCGCAGAGAAUGCGCAACAUCGGUACCUCCUUUGCCACCACCGUUAACUGGCUCUUUGUCUAUGUUGUGGUGGUGGCUACUCCAACCGGAAUCGAAACGAUCGGUUGGAAAUACUAUAUGCUCUAUGCCAUAUUCAACUUCCUCUUCAUCCCCAUCAUCUGGUGUUUCUAUGUGGAAACCGCCAAUCUCUCGCUGGAACAGGUUGAUCGGCUGUUCGAGAUCAAGCAUGAUGCAGGAAAAGACAUGAGUUGGUCCGACGCGUACAACAUUGCCAGGCUGGAGACUCCGGAGAGUCUGGGACUGUCUGCGAAGGAUGCUGCUGAAUCCGAGCAUUGUGAGGUUGUGGCUUAA